AUGUGGUUCACUUUACAGUGUCACAGAACAAAUCUUGCAGGGAAAAAAUCGAUAUCUAAAAAAGCAGUCACAAAGAAGAGGAAAGGUGUCACAAAGUCUACCAUACCACAAUUUCAGCUUAUUUGCACUAAUCUUGAUGAACUCAGGGAAUUAAUCACAAAGAUUGAGAAUGAACUCAAAGAUCUGGAGGACAUUAAAAAGAAAUCGGGAAGAUGGUACCACCGAAAGCAAGCAGUAAAGGAAUUGCAUGGUACGUUGGUACGACUGCUUAAUGAACUGUUACCGUGGGAACCAAAGCUAAUGAAAGCAUUUCAAAGAAACAGGUCUAGAUUGAAGAAGGACUAUGAUGAAUUUCAAAGACAUCCAGACCAUGAUAAAUUUACCAGAGAAUUGUGGAGUAAUGAUGAAAGUGAAGUUGAUUCUGGCAAAGAUUCUUCUGCAGUAGUAUUUGGUAAAUCUUCAGAGUCUACAGAACAUGUGGAAGUUCCCAGGAAAGAUCACCCAGACAAUAAUGAAAUGAAACUAUUAGAGAUGAAUUUACCUGCAGGAAAAAACAGAAUUCUGACAAAAGAAUCAGAAAUACAGAAGACACUGCCCAAAUGUGUUAAACGACAGUCCAAGCAAAAUAGUUGUCUGGAUCAAAGCACUAAUGAGCUUUCACCAAGGAAGAAAGCUAAGCUGAGCACUAAUGAGGCUGUGGUCCAGAGUUCAGAAAGUAGCCUGCAGCCAGAUAGUUGUUUGACUGAGCUGAAACACUUUGAAGGGUCAACUCUAGAAUCACUUUCCUUGACAGAUCCUGCUACAUCAGGAUCAAACUUUCUGAAAGGGACCAAACCGAUCCAGGCCUUGCUUGCCAAGAAUACUGGGAACAAAGUGACCUUAACAAGUCAACUGUCACCUCCCCUGGACAUAAAUGUAUCUACUUCUGAAAAGCCAGUUUUAUCAUUGGAAUCAUCACUGAUGAAAUCAGCAUUGCCCUGCCAGACCAGUUCAAAGACUCCUUUACAAAUGGUAUACAAAAUGCCAAGUCGCCACUGUGUACCAAUAGACCUUCAUAACAGCUCUGUGAAAAUUCAAAUGCAACCUGUGAUUGAUCCUAAAACUGGAGAAAAAGUCAUGCAGCAAGUUCUUAUUUUACCUAAGAAUUUUCUUAUUCAGCAGAAGGAAAGAAAAAUUGUGUCUGAGGACAUUCAGUCACUACAACAAAAACCAUCUGAACUGCACUGUACAACUGUACCAGAAAUAUCAAAUGUUAGUAUUUCUUUAACACCUGUUCUGGUAACAAGCCCAGCAAAUGCUACCACUCAGUCACCUAAUACAAUUUGUAACAAGGAUAUUACCCACUUGUCACAAGUGACUGAUUCUGUAAGCACUACACAGCCAUUGCCUGCUGUAACUUCAGCAGGUAACUUACCGUCAACAGUUAUGGUGAGCCAGACUGAAACUGACAAAAUCAAGACUGCAGUUUCAGCUGCCACAUUCCCUGUGUCUUUGACUUCACCUCCUCUUUCCACAGCUAGUCAGUCUUCAAUGUCAGCAGCAGCAUCAAGUGAGUCUACAAACACUGCUUCUGCCUGUCGUAAUCGCACAUCACAGCAGACGGCUGACUCCUUUGAAGCUAGGCAAGAGCUGAAGACAGUGUGUAUAAGAGAUUCACAAUCUAUUCUGGUCACAACACGAGGUGGAAACACAGGAAUUGUUAAAGUACAAACAAACCCAGACCAGAUUUCACCUAGUAGUUUAUCAUCUAGUUCAGUUUUCACUUAUGCACCUCAACUUCAGGCCUUUCUUGUGCCAAAAACCACAGCAUUAUCAUGGUCUACUCUUCCAUCUGUUGAGUCUUUCCCAGCUGAUUUUACCCAGGCAACAGAGAAGAAUAUCAAAUUCACAUUACAGCAGUCUGCUGUUGGGGGCACCUUGGGUCAGGUAAUAGAGAACUCCUGGUAUGUGUCCUCUCCCUCUUUAUCCCCCAUUUCAUUAGCUAGCAGUUUGAUGUCAGCCAGUCCGAGCAGUCCUGUUAAUGUGACCAGCAUUGGACAGAAUAACACUGUCAUAAAUUCUGUGCAGCAACAAGGUGAUGCUAAAACAAAUCCUGUUAUACAACCUGAGUCUCUAUCAGCAGCAAGUGGAGAUUUAAUCAGUGGUGCUCCAGUCCAGAAAGUUACAUUAGUCACAAAUACACCUAUUUUAUCACCCUGUGGGGCAUCUGGAGUCAGUAUUGUACCCUCUCCAGCAUCCACUGGUGUUAAUACUCAGAAGUUGUUUUUCAUUAACACACAAAUUGCCAAUGGCCUAUCAACCACCAGUCUAGCUGCAGAGUCAUUGAAACAUAACCUUCCUUCUUCCCUAAGCAAAACCUUUGUUAGUACCACAGAACAACCACAGUUGGUUCUGAUCCCUUCUACAGUAGGAGCACCAAUAAGAAAAAACUCAUCACCAACUAUCGCUCAAGUAAAAGAUGUGAAAAUUGGGCUAAAUAUAGGUCAAACCAUUUUAAAUACUAAGGGCAAUGCACAACAGGCUCCACCAGUCAACAUGUUGCACUCAGCCAUUUCUAAGGGAGAAGAUAAAAAGAGCAUGGGCUUGUCUCUGUCUUUGACAAGUUGUAGUACGUUGGUUCCUGUUCCAAGUUUUGAGAGUCCAAGUGCUGUGUCAGUUAAUGAAUCGUUAUAUGUUACAACAAAAGCUGAAGAUGCCUCUACAGAUACAACAGCAAAUGCAUGCAUAGAAUCUGCUUCAGUACCUUCAAGUGGGACUUCUGGGGCACAGCCCACUGUCUUGACUGGUGGAAAUGAUCCCUCAAGAAUAACACCAAUUCCAGGUAAUCAGCUGUGUACAUCAAAUAUUGGAAAUACUGUUGGUAUAUCAACUGUGAAAACAGGACAUCUUGCUUCAUCUGUGCUGAUUCCAACAACACAGGCAACAGUGUCUCCUCAAAACUUAGAAUCUUCUUCGCAGUUUCCAGUCAUUAGCUUGCCUGGAUGUGUAGGCAUCCCCCCCAACCUGUUGCAUACAGUUCCUCAGUUGGCAGCAGUUCCAGCUCCUCCUCCACUACCAAGAAGCCAGUUGCCCACACUGCUUCGGUUUCAGUCAUCAGGAGUUUUAGCCGCUAAGCCAAGUAAUGCAGGUAUUCACAAACCUCAGAGUAUGAUGCCCCCUCCAUCACCAAAUACAGGUAAAGUAAUAAGUUUUCCCAGUUCUUCUUCCCUGCAGUGCCAGCAGAUGUCUCCCAGUACAGAGAAACUAAGUAGUGCUUACAUUUGUGCUUCUACCGUUCAGAUGUCUGCAGCUUCACCAACUGUAACAAGCAAAGCAGGAGGUCAGUUGAAUGAACCUUGCAUUCAACAAAAAAUAGUCAUUAACACCUGUAUGCCUUUGGCACCUGGAACUCAGAUAAUGAUUAACGGCACUCGUUUUGUUGUUCCAUCACAAGGCCUUGGAGCUGGCAGCCAUGUUCUUUUUCCAUCUUGUAAUACAAAACAGACUCCUUCUCUGACUGUUAACCAUGGUCAAGAGGCUCAAGGUAUACCAAUUGUUAAUCCAAUAACCUCAAAAAUCAUGCUGACAGCAAGUAAUUCAUUAAGUUGGCGAAUAUCAAAACUUCCUUUGAAAAGCUCUACAAAAAUUGUGAACUCUUUUGGGUCUGCCAAUGCUUUACCUAUUGCACAUGCAACACCCCAGAUACUUAGUUCUCCAGAUAGUUCAUGUACUCCACAGUCUGGACCAGCACUGUCUGUGUCUUCGGUGAUAAAAUCUCCUGUUAAUGUUGUAGCUACUUCUUCUAUGGUUUCUGCUGUUCAUCCUCCAAGCUCUCAUUUACAAAGCAACACUUCAGUGUUUCACUUGGGCGCUUCUAUUAAAAGACUGUUGGUCAGUCCAGAGGGAGCUGUUCUGAAUGCUAUAAAUACUCCACCAUCCAAAGUUUCUUCCUUGUCUUCAUCACUGCCUCCUGUUGUGUCCACAAGUCCUACCACUAUCUUCCCUGCAUCUCAGUCAUCUUGCCUUGAUAAAUCUGACAAGGCUGCAUCCUGAAUUUACUGCAAAUGAGCCACUUUGAAAUUUUUGGGGCAUUCUUUUGACUUUGGAAGUUGUAACUAUUGAAUAAUUUCUUACAUUGUUUGAAACAGUUGAUUUAUUCAAAAUUGCUUAAGAUUACAGUUCUUUCCUGUUUACCUGUGAGGCUUAGAAGGAAGAAAAAAUUAUUUAGUUUGUCAGAUGUUUUCAGAGUUCUAUAGUAAAGAGGUCAGAAAUGACCAAUAAGUUUAUUACUUAGUUUGGAGAAAUCUAGCCUUUUGCACAUGUUCUGUCUUACAGUAUGGACUGUUUGCCAGUGUGUUUAGGACAGUAUCUAUCUCCUUUUUAUUUGUCAAAUUUAUUUUUGCUUUGUUUCUGUAAAAAAAAAUAUUUAUGCAUUGUAAAAAUGCAGCCUAUGGUAUAGAAUUGUACAUAUUCAUUAAUUCCUAAAAAUCUACUAAACUAUAUGUACAAAGAACUAUGCUGUCUUAUUUAUGUUUUCUUUACAUAAUGUAUAGUUUUUUUAAGUAUUUUACUAACUUUGGACCAGUGUACUGUUUAGCAACUAUGCAGAAGAAUCUGCAUA